UUCUUUCUCUGUAUUUUAGCCUUUUCUUCUUCCUUCGUAAUUCUUUUCUUUGACCAUUCCCUCUCUCCCUCUCUCUCUCCACUUUCCUAGUCUUGAGAGUUGAGGCGUUCCUUUCUUCAUCUGCUUCAUAUCCUUUACCUUUUUCAUUCUUCGUUUCCCACAGAAGAAAAUGGCGAGUUUCGAGUAUUCCUCUGCUUGCGCUUUGCCCGAGAACCCGAUCGAUUCAGUUGGUUCUUCUUCUGGAGCUGUUGGCGAUGAAUCCGAUGAGGAUUGCAGUAUCUGUCUCGAGCCUUUCACCACUCAAGACCCUGCAACUGUCACCAGUUGCAAGCAUGAAUACCAUCUUCAAUGCAUUCUUGAAUGGUGUGAAAGAAGCAAAGAGUGCCCAAUAUGUUGGCAGUUACUUUCACUGAAAGACCCUGCCAGCCAAGAACUGCUAGCUGCAAUGGAGAAUAAAAGAAAAUCCAGGUUCAGGGAAAUAUCCAUGCCUCUGCCUAGAACUGUUUAUCAUUACCAUGAUGAUCUCAAUGUUGAAGAGGAUGGUUCUCUGUCCGAUGACUCAGAUUUUGAUGAACGUAUCAUGCGACAACUUGCUGCUGCUGCAAGCAGAGCUCAAUUUGUUCAGAGAAGGGGAAGGCAGAGAUCUUCAGGACUUGGUUCUUCCGAAGUUCUAAUGUCCUCUUCUCCUGCAAAUAUGCAGGAGUAUGCAUCUUCAACAGAGCAACAUCAAAACAUAAGUUAUGGCCUAACUGAGGAAAAUUCACUAACUCCAGGCAUACCAUCGCAAGUCUCCUCUGAUUACUUGUUUUCUAUUACUUCUGCCAAACCCAGGAGCCUCUUUAAGCAGCCAAAGCCUGAUUCUCCACGAGGAUCAUACACAUCUGUGAUGCCCUCCUUCUCGGAGUCCAUAAAAUCAAGAUGGUCUGCUGCUUCAGCAAGAUACAAAGAAUCUAUAUCAAGAAAUACCCAUGGUCUAAAGGAGAAGGUACUUGCAUGUAAUAAGGAGUUAAAAGAGCUGAGCAAAGGAGUGCAGCGUGAAAUGGGUGCUGGAAUUGCUGGUGUUGCUCGAAUGAUUGAGCGCCUGGAUCUUUCAGCAAGACGACCAGGAGUCUCUGUAAAUUCUUCAGGUUUUGCUGACGAGAUACAAUUUAAAGGAAAGAGUGUGGAAAAGAAUGUUAUUUCCCAAGACAGUCGAGGAGGUGCACCUGGUUUUAGUUCUGAAUCGCGUCCAUUCUCCAGCAAUACCCCAGGCCAAGUUAGCAUUUCUCAUGCACAGGAUGAUUGAUAUGACGGAUGGUGUUGAGUCUGCUUAACUGCAAUAUGUGAUUUACUUCUGGAACUGAGGGCACAUAAUGCAAGUGAUGUUAAGUGAAAACCAACUUGCCUGUUGGUUUGCGUCCUGCAUUUCCUGUUUGCAAAAAUACUUGCAGAAAGUGGAAAACUUUAGUUGGAUGAUGAGUUUAUUUCGGUAUGAGUACAAACAAGGAUGAACAAAGAUGUCUUGAGGAUUCAUUUUUCUCUUUUCGUCUUCUUAUUAUUUAAUCUAGUACAACUUAACUGAAGGUUAACUGCCCGCCAUUAUUAACUUGUAUUUGGUCUAA